UUUCUUCCUCUGAUCGACAUUCGACAGAUCGAAACUGAAUAGUCGCCGCAAGAAAAAUUGUAAAAGCAGAAACUUUAGAGAGAAUCUGUUAAAUUCAGUAUUUUUCACAAGCUCGGGAGAACUCUUCAGUCAGCGCCAUGUCCCAAGAACAACAAUAUCCUCUAGCAAUCUGAAGCUGUACUAAAGAUACACCCAAGAUCUCACAAGUUUUUUUUUUGGGUGAGUUCUCUCUCUUGGUUGGCUUUAUUUUUUCCAGAUCAUAUACAACUCCUACAUGCUCUCCACUCUUAAAGUGAUCGAUUUCUCUUUACUCGUUAGCAAGCUGCAGAAUUUCUCUUUAGCAUGAUCGAUUUCUUUAGCAAGCUGCAAAAUUUAUGAAAUAGUUUUGGAUUUAUGAUGUCUCUACCUCUGACAUGGACUUCGUUGAACGUCUAUGUAGUCGUGUGAUUAUUUAUUACCCCUGAAAUCUGAAUCAGAAAACCCAUGAUCCCAUUGCUUAAUUUGUUCGGAUUACCAUCUGGGUAUGCUUAAUAGCACACCCUCUCGAAACCCAUUAGCUGGAUUCAUAUUAUCAUGAGCAAUUAUUCACUUGGGUCUUCUGGGAGUCCCAAGUCCUUCCAUGCAUACCCAAGAGGCAGCGACUUUGAUUUAGAAUUAGGAAUCGCUAGACGUGCCCGAAAGCCUAAGAAUUCCCUUCAUCCCAUCAAAAUGCUUAAAACGUUGGGAACUCGUCUUCAUUAUUACGGUAAGCUACACCCACUUUUGGUUUUCAUCAUCUCCUUGUCCCUUGGGGUCACAAUCCUCAUCAUUUUAUCUCUGUAUGAGAGCCACUACCGAAUGGUGGGUAGUAAUCAAAAAAUGGAUGUGGUUUUGGGCGAUUAUCCGUUGCGGGAUCUUCGGAGUCUGGUAAUGGUUGCUGGGCAUUCUGUAUAUACGAGUAGCAGCUGUGGGAAAGCUGACAAAGAAGAUUCAUGGUUUUUGGAAUCUUAUCAGAAGAAUCCAGGUCAAGCUGCUACGUUUGUGAGACAUAUUCAAGAGGGAGUUGAAAUUGCGGCCAAAGAUGAUGCAGCUUUGCUUUUGUUUAGUGGUGGGGAGACUCGAAAAGAUGCUGGUCCUCGCAGUGAGGCACAGAGUUAUUGGAGCGUUGCUGAGUCGAGAGGAUGGUUUGGCAAGAAAGAAAACAUGAGAUGGAGGGCACUCACGGAAGAGCAUGCAAGGGAGAGCUUUGAGAAUCUCCUCUUUAGUGUGUGUCGUUUCCGAGAGCUUACUGGCACGUAUCCUUAUAACAUAACUGUUGUAAGUUAUGAUUUCAAGGAAGAGAGAUUUGCGCAUCUGCAUCGGUCUGCAAUUGGGUUUCCAGAGUCGAGGUUUUUCUACUUAGGCACCCCAGCUUCACUCACUUCGAAAGAAGCAGCUCUGAAAGGUGAGGCAUUGGUGCGGACUCAAUUCCAUGGAGAUCCAUAUGGAUGCCAAGGUUCACUCUUUCGGAAAAAAUUAAAGCGUGAUCCUUUUCACCGGUCAAUUCCUUAUCCUAAUGGGUGCCCUGAGAUUGAAGGUCUGUUCAAAUAUUGUGGAACAGCUCCUUAUCCAGGCUCCCUUCCUUGGUCCCAGUGAAACUUGUUAGAGGAGUUUUUACACAUACAACAAAUAUUAGUUAAAUCCACCAUUACAACCAGAAAGAGAUGCUUAACCUAAGAAUAAUGUAGUUUUUUUCUUAAUUAACUGUUCUAAUCAAUUUUUAGAGAAAUGAAAAGAAAAGAGAAUAUGUUGGGAAGAUAAUAGAGAAAAUUAUGUCACCGUCAGAUGAUGGGAAACUUGCAUAUAUGCUCUAUAUAGUGGAAAAAUUUCUUGGUAAC